GCUCGCGGGUACAUCACUAAACUUCCGGCAUCUCAUUCUCGAGCUCUUACCGCGUUUCGUACCGUGCGAGAAAACUGGUCUUGACCUUCACCUUUGAACAUGCCGGAGCUGACUGAAAUCACGGAAAGUGCGGCCGCCGCCUCAAGUGCGACCGGAACCACAGAAGCCAAGCUGGAAGAUGCGCUCAGUGACACAGAGACCGAGGAUUCAAUCCCGGAGCUGGAGGAUGCAGGCGCUGCUGCAACGACACAACUGUCCGCCGGUGAAAUUCCAGACAUCUCGAAAGCAAAACAGUCCCGGGGUGAAAAGAAAGCCCGCAAGAUUAUGUCCAAGCUUGGUUUGAAACCGGUCCAGGGCGUCAACCGAGUAACGAUCCGGAAGUCCAAGAACAUUCUGUUCGUGAUAAACAACCCGGACGUGUACAAGAACCCGCACAGUGACACCUACAUCAUCUUCGGCGAGGCCAAGAUCGAAGAUCUCACCCAGCAGGCCCAGGUGGCUGCGGCCGAAAAGUUCAAGGCUCCCGAAGCGACUCCGGCCGCGGGCGAAGCGUCCAGCUCAACGAACGUUGUCACCCCGAUCGCCGAAGAGGAUGAGGAGGAAGUGGACGACACCGGCAUUGACGAUAAGGACAUCGAUCUGGUGAUGUCCCAGGCCAAUGUGAAACGUGCUAAGGCGAUCCGCGCACUGAAAAACAAUGACAAUGAUAUCGUAAACGCGAUCAUGGAACUGACCAUGUAAUUGUUGCAGGUUGCGUUUACUGUACACAACACAACAUCAUUAAAAGCAACCUCCCCCCCAUCAGAUUGUCUCUGUUAGUGUUCACAUCCUCCUCUUACCCUUCGAAGGCCAUGCUGCGAAGCACGCUUUUAUUCAAAGACGGGAAGCAAACAGAUUGCUCCCCGAGGUUAACCGUAUUGUUUCUUCGGUAGAAAGGAUGUUUUUGAUCAGAACUUGUGCCGGGAACGAAUGUGGCGGUUUGCUGAUUGCCUACGCGGUACAAUGUAUGCUUGUGCGUGCGUACUUGCGCGAGUAAAAGUUCGUGGUGGCGUGCGCACAUUCGGUCGUAGCUGUGUUGGCGCGCUUGCUGCCCCUUCAAACCUUUAACAUUACAUUUAAACCGAAAACAAAUGCUAAGUUUAUAUCGUAAACGGUAAUAAAACACCUAAACCAACAAAAGAA